CGUGCUUCCGACAGCCGCUGUAGCGCGCGGUUCCGGUUGUUGCAGCGUGCUCUGUGGGAUUUUCUAUUGGUGCCACGUUUCGUUGAGUAAACCAAAUGGAAGGUGUGAACGCUGAUUCGAUCAACACGAACUUGGAGGCCAUGCUGCGUGAGAACUCCGACCUGUCGCCUGCAGUGGCUUCAUUGCAGCUACUGCUUGAGUUCAUCGAGAAGGACGACUACACGACAAUCCAAGGCAUGGAAGAAAACCUUCAGCAUGUUAUCAGGGACAUUUGUACUGCAAAGUGUUCAAUCACCUGCGUCAGAUCUGCGUGCGAAUUAUUUGUGCGCUUUGCUACGCUCACCGCGCUUGAUGGGACAAUUGAUGAGUGCAAGAAAAAUAUGUCUAUUCGAGGCCGGACGUUCUUGGAGAAAAUGCGUGCGGCACGCUGCAAAAUUGCUGCGCUUGCGGCCCCAUUUGUGCAGGACCGCUCGACGAUCUUGACGCAUUCCUUUUCGCGUGUUGUGCGUGACACGCUGUUCGCUGCGGCAGAGGACCACAAGCACUUCACUGUGUACGUGACCGAAUCGGCGCCCGAUUACAGUGGCCGGCAACUGUACGAAGCGCUUAAAGAGAGAGGCAUCAGUGUGACUCUAUUAGUCGACGCCGCGGUUGGCUAUGUUUUGGAAAAAGUGGACAUGGUCCUUCUGGGAGCAGAGGGCGUAGUUGAGAGCGGCGGCAUCAUCAAUAAAAUUGGCACCUACACGAUGGCUAUGUGUGCCAAGGAAAAGAACAUUCCUAUUUACGUGCUCGCCGAGAGCUUCAAGUUUGCCAGAAAGUACCCCUUGAACCAGAAGGAUCUGCCUGAUGAGCAGAAGUAUCCGUCGGACAAGCGUAAUGGCAAAACUGACCUUUCCAAGGAGCAUCCCAUGGUCGACUACACGCCACCUGCGUACAUUACUCUGCUGUUCACGGACCUCGGAAUUUUAACACCAUCAGCGGUUAGCGAUGAGCUUAUAAAGCUUUACCUGUGAAUAGCGCACAAACAGUGAUCAGCUGCUGUGAUUGGUGUCCAUUUUGGUUGAGAAGGUGCUGUCAUCGCCUUGAGGUAUCAGCGUCAUGCUCGGUGAAGUUCGCCAUGAGAAGCCUGCUUAGAUUGGUCAUCCAUGCCUGCCUAGCUUCUCGUAGCCGCUACUGGAAUCACAGUCGAGUUGGGAAGAAAAAAUACACCGAGCAGUCAGAGCAGGGCCUGAGUACCGCGGUGCCUGCAAACAACUUGGUUAGCAGCGAUGUACGAGUAAUACUGAGCUGUUCUAAAGAGCUCGUCAAGCCAGUAAUAUCUGCUCGAGAAUUCAGAAAUGUCUCUGCUGUAAUACAAGUAGUCAUAUCAUCUGACUUCCUGACAAUAAACAUGCAGAGCAGUUUCUAUUUUUUUCAUUCAACUGUUUGAAGCAAACUAAUGGAUACGAACAUGUCUAGAAUGGAAAUAAAGAUGUGCACUGCGA